CAGCUUCCCCCACACUCGAGUUUCAAAUUCAAGUUUAGAAUUUAAGAGAUAUAAUACAAAAUUAAAUUAAAAAUUAUAUUUUGGUGGGUUGUUCUAACCAAAUCGUUUUUCAUUUGAGAGAUGGGUCGAUCCGAUCGGACAAAAUGGAGUUAAGCGUUAUGAAGUUUUUCACCGAAUCAGCAGCACGUUGUGCGGCUCGAAUAGGUUUAAUUACAGAAUUGGCAAGAAUGCCAGGUGCCGUCUUUGAAACACCCUUGUUAAUGAUUUAUACGAAGCGAGGUAGCGUGCCUCAUCUCACGAAAGAUGUUUUCCAAAUGGUUACUUUUGAGCAAGAAUUCCUUAUGACCUCUUUAUCCUCCGCCAUUCCUAUGCUCAAUUCCGUUAAACAAACAAAUUCUUUUGCAGAAUUUGUUAGCAUGAAGGAAUAUCCUUUUUUUUUGUCGAUACAAGAUCCCGCGGUAGAAACAUCAAGAGGGUAUCAAGAGAAGGAUUCGAUAGCAGUUUGGACAAGGGGAGGAAGGAGCUCGUUCAAUGCCAACUCUUAUAUGGAUGCGGUUGAAGUUUUGAAACCCGAUAUGUACAUUGCAUUGUGCGACGGCGAUACUGAUGAAAAUAGCAGCUCAAAACGAGUAUCGAAAGCUUUAGAAAGAAGUAAAAGGCUAUUUAUAAAAUGUAUGAAAAGGCAUAAUUCCUCGGAUGUUCUCAAGUCAACAGCUAUUUUGGGGCCGGUGGAAGGUGGUUGGGAUUUAAAAGCAAGAGAAAUUUCAGUCCAAUAUCUUAUCGACAAAAAUCCAGAUGGAUUUGUAAUCGAUGGCUUACACGUGAAUGGCAACAGAGUGCAGAAAAUCGACUUUGAUAGUAUUAAAAACGUGACUCAACAUACUAUGAAUUUAUUACCCGUUAGCAAAAUGAAAGUUUCGUUGGGUUGCUGGAACCCAACUGCCGUAUUGGAAUUAAUUGAGCACGGUGUUGAUGUUUUUGACUCGUCGUAUCCUUACGUCGUCACCGAAUCGUCAAAAGCCCUGACUUUCAUGUGUUUUUCCCACCAACACUCGAACAAAAAUACAGGACACGAAAUAUCCGUUGUAGAUAAAUGUUUUACUGACGAUUUUUCGCCCAUUUGCGAAACGUGCGAGUGCCUUACGUGCAAGAAUCACACGCGAGCAUACCUCAAUCAUCUUUGUCAAACCAAAGAACUGCUCGGCUCGGUUCUUCUAAUGGUACACAAUACGCAUCAGUAUCUCCAAUUUUUCAAAGCGAUAAGAGAAAAUAUAAAGAACUCGACGUUGACAGACUUCAAAUCGAAAAUUGGAGCUCAAUUUACAAGUUGAAGUUUUUCUUUGUAACGAACGAAUAAUUAUCGUUCGAGUUUUUUUUCUCAAGUGAUCGGGAUUCAUUCGGGACCUUGGACAUAGGGUCGAACGUACUGGAGUCAAUUUGUGGAGCGGUGAGUGGACCGGACGAAUAGCCUCCAACUGCGCUACGGCACAAUCCGCGCAAAGAUCAACGCCGUUCCGACAAUCCAAACAAUGCCAGCGUGUCCCCUUCAG